CUCCGUGACUAUUAUUGCUGGUGCCGUUAUUAUUCUAGUGUUAUAGGUCCCUGGCUAUUCGUUCCGGGAGUAGACAAAGCGAGAGAGAGGCAAUUCCUAGAGAAGACCUAGGAGAAAGCGUGCCCCGACAUGUUCUCCAACUUUACGACGAAGCUGGCGCUGAAGAAGGCGGGGCUACCAAGCGACGCCCUCGACUUCGCCUCGACCUCCAAGUCUAGCAGCAAAUCCAGCACGAAUGGCUCCUUACCGGGCCUCGACGAGCUCCAGGGUUCCAAUUCGUCGUCUGGUGGCUGGCCCGCGUGGACGUACAAGAAGAAUCUGCCGCUGACGGCGCAGGCCUGGCUGUCGCCCGCCCCAGCCGCCGUCGCCGUCGCCGCCGAGUGUCCUAAGCCUGGCGAUUUGGCGCCGCUCGACCGAGACCGCCAGCUCUCCUUCGGCGGCGGCGUGCCCGUCAUCGUGCUUUUUCUGCGAUGCGUCGGAUGUGCUUUCGCGCAAAAGUCCUUCCUCGCGCUUCGGGCGCUCGCUACCAAGAACCAGGGCCGCCUGCGCUGCAUCGCGGUGUCGCACUCGUCGCGCGAGGCGACGCAGCGGUGGGUCGACCUGCUAGGGGGCGCGUGGGCGGUAGAGAUAGUCAUCGACGAGGACCGCGCCGUGUACGCGGCCUGGGGGCUCGGGCUCGGCAGCCUCUGGCACGUGCUCAACCCAACGACGCAGAUCCAGGCGUGGAGGGAGAAGGGCUGGCUCGGCGUGCGCGUCGCCGACUCGCUGCAGCGCACGGGGGCGCUCAAGAAGCCGCCCCCGCCGACGACGGCGAAGGGAAAGGCGGGUGCGGGAGGAGCGGCGGCGGCAGAAGGAGGAGGAGACGCGACGGAGAACGCCCCAUUGACCGUCCUCGGGAACAAGUGGCAGCAAGCCGGGCUGUUCGCCGUCGAUGGCCGCGGCACCGUCAUCUGGGCCGCCAAGGCGCUGCGCGCUGACGACGUCAUGGACCUCGACGCAGCAGCGGCGGCACUCGGGUUCUAAACGCGAUGAACGGGUGUUCUCGACGGGUUUAGAAUAGUGUAUAUAUGGAACGCAACAUAGCAUAGCGUUGGGUAUAAUGAAAAAACAGACG